AGCACCAGGUGAAGACCUCCACAGAGGCUGAGCUCUGCACUCGCUCUUUCCCACCGUCUUCUAUCUCCUUCGCCCAGUGCAUCCAGUUGAUAUACACCUGCCUGGUGUCCCGUUUACGCCUACAUCACCCACAGCCUCGACUUCCUCUCCAGUGUGUGUGGCUGCCAACAAUCUGAUGAGGAUUGGCUGAUACACUUAAAAAUAAGUUAUUUUUUUCUUAUUUUUUCAAGCGGAAAGAAUGUCGGAAAGGGCCGAGGAUGACGUCAGGGGGGAGCUGCGCCGAGCGGCCAGGCAGCAGCUGAAGCAGCAGCAGAUCCAGCGGGGAGAAGGCUCCACAGCAAUGGCGACUGUUGCGGAGCGGAGAUCCUUGCCUAGUCCAGAAAUAAUGCUGGGACAGCCUUGGAGCAACUGGGUCGACGCCACCAAACUCCACGGCAACGACGGUGCUGAAUCGGAGGAAAGUUUCAAAGACUUCGGGAAAAAUCGAGAAGCCAUGCGUUUGUGCAGAGAAGACAUGCCCAUAUUUGGCCAGUGUCCCGCACAGGACGACUUCUUCCUGGUGAUGUGCAGCCACUGCAGCCAGGUAGUGAAGCCCCAAGCCUUCCAAGCACACUACGAGAGAAGACACAGUUCGGCCAUCAAGCCAGCCUCCACCUCGCCCUUCCCCGUGUCGGGCAGGAACCGGAGCAGCGGCAGUGGACUCGGGCCCGGGCUGGGCUUGGGCUCUACAGCUGGAGUGGCGAGUGGAGGCAUCCUAAGCCGACCUUCCACAGCUGGAUCCAGCUUAUCCUCCUCUUUAGCAUCCACCUCCUCCUCCUCCAAUCCCAAACUCCUCAAACCAGCCAAAGACAAGCUGCCAAGCAUUCAGCGAAGAACCCCCUUUUCAAACUUCAGGACGCCCCAGCUGGACAAGAUCCUCACUCCGGCUGUCAAGGUGGCGAAGAUGCAUCUGAGGGUGGACUCGUCAGCUAAUCUGAUGCAGGCCCCGUCUGCCCCAGCCACCACCUCAUCCUCCUCCACAUCCUCCUCUAGCACCACUGUGAGCUCCAACAUUACCACCAUCACCACCUCCUCCUCAUCAUCAUCAUCAGCCCUUAAACCAGGCCUUAACUGUCCCUCCAUACCAAAGCCUCCAUUACUGGCCCCGGGUCAGAUUCCCAACGGCAAGGGCCACCUCUCAGUCCUCUCAGACAAGAAGCAGGACGGCAGUGCCAGUAGCAGACGCCACGUAAACAAGAAAGUUACAGAGCGCGAGUACAAUGCAGAUGUCCACUGUGGCGUUGUGGAUAUGACCGCUCGGAAAACAUGCACAAGAUCCCUAACAUGCAAGACACAUUCCUUAAGCCAGCGGAGAGCGGUGCCAGGGCGGAGGAAGCGCUUUGACACGUUGCUGGCGGAGCACAAGAACAGAACGAGGGAGCGGGAGAAGGAAAAGGAGAAGGAGAGAGAGCUCCAACAAACCCAUUCCCAGCAAAACCCCUCUCUCAGGGACCCUCACCCCUCCUCCCACCUCGCCGCUGCCCAUGACGCCCAUCCGGUUGCUCAUGGCAACGGCCCCGCCACAGACGCCACUAAGCCUUUGCCAAUCGGCAAGCCCAAAUUUCACAGCCCUGGUCUUCCACGACUAAACAGCGGUCACGGAGGUGGAAACCCCGGCGACCUUGCAGUCGUCCAAGAGUCGCCACACCACGCCCAGACCACCCCCGACGGGUUUUCCCGACCCUCCAGUGACGAGGGAGAGAACGAGGAGCGGGAGGACAGCGCUGACAAACUGGACUGUCACUAUUCAGGUUACCACCCUCGACCGGCAGCUUACUGUACAUUUGGAAGUCGACUGUUUGGGAGAGGCUGCUACUCCUUUGACAGGAGAUUGGACAGAGUGCGAUGUGCGCUCACCACAAUGAUGGACAAGCACGUCAACUCUCAGAUGUGGAAGAAAAUCCCCUUGGCCUUGGAGAACUCCUCCUCCUCCGUUGUACCUACCCAUAGGACAAGCACAAAUUCCCACGGUAGCACCCCCUCUUCAGGCUUCCUGGGCCCCCCUGCCACCUUGCCCCAGACUCCUUAUAGCCAAUCGUAUGAGGGCAAGUCUGUGCUCUCCUAUGGGACCACCUUAAAUGCCCGCAGCUCCCCACAGGGCGGGGCUGAGCACCCGGCCUACGGCAUUACGCAGGCCCGACAAGUGUCUUCGUCGCCGCAGAUGCCUUCAGCCCACUCGUCCUCUUCUUCGUCAGCUCCUUCCCUCGCCUCAGGCCGGGCGCUUAAGUCCCGCUCCUCCUCCAGCAGCAGCACUACCAAGUCGUCGUCAUCGUUCAGACCCAAGGACAUCUCCUCUGGCUCCUCCACGCCCGUCACCCCCAACUCCAUCAGUGGGGCCAACAGUAACAGUAGCAACACUAGCUUCAGCUCGGGGAAGAAGAGGAAGAAUAGCUCGAUUCUCUCUUCGUCCCACACCCCUUCUGACUCCGCCUCCUCCAAUGCCAACUACUCCUCCUCCUCGCCUUUCAAGAAGAACUGUGCAAAUGUCGGCAGCUCAGGGAGCACCUACCACCACGGCUCAUUAGGUCCUUCAUCAUCAUCGUCGUUAUCUUCCUCCCACAGCGGAGUCCACAGCGUGGGGCUCAACUGUGGCCCCACGGUGCGGACCAACUCACUCAGCCUCAAAGCCGAGUCCACAGGAGGUUCAGUGGGCGGCUCCUCGGGGCCGCCGGCGAGAGGUCCUCCCUCGGGCAGCCCUGCAGAGUCAAUCAAGCGCAUGAGCGUGGUGAUGAACAGCAGUGACUCCACCCUUUCCCUCGGGCCCUUUGUCCACCACCCCUCUCUAUCCUCGUCUGACCACCACACCAACUUCAGCCACCACUCCUCUGAUGGGCGCCUGGAGGGCAAGAAGCGCAAGAGUUCUCCUGCCUCCAGCGGCAUUAACAGUGCAGGGGGGGUAGGUGGAGGCGGAGGAGGGGGGCCUGGAACGGGGAGAACCAAAGUGGCCAAGUCACCCGCCAUCAACAACAUCCAUGGGAAGCAUGGGCGGAGCAUUCCAGGGACACCAGGGCUACCCAACAACUCCCAUUUACAUCAGCCAAAGGCUCGUCCCUGACAGCGGUCUCCGGCUUCUGUGUGUGGAACCGGCAGGCGGAUGGGGAACAGUCCGGAGCUUUCCGCAAACCGCUCCGGAUGGCACGAGGCCUUUUAAAAAUCAAACCCACAUUACUCUCAGCUUCCCACAAUCCUCAGGGUGCAGAUGAUCUGGACUGCCCAGUGAAGUCAAUGUGGUCCUUACUAUUUCUCCCAAAGCCAUGUGUGCGUGAGUGUGUGCGAGAGUGUGUGUAUGUUGGGAGGGAUAGGGGUGCGAUGGCACUGUAUGGACAGCGUGGAGUGCCAGGGGUCUAAUGAGCGAGCCAAGGACCCUGCACCCCCACCCACCCACCCAUGCAAGUGUCCCAGUAUUCUGAGAGAUCUUCUUGUCUAGAGGAACAAUAGCAACAGCCAUGAGUCUCUUGAGCUUCAUUGGGUGGAAGUGAAGGGCUGCAGCGACAAGCCGCCAUGACGCUGAGCAACCUGGGAAACAACGAGCCGAUCUCUUCCGCGUCAGUCAAAGAAUGAGUGUGCGAAUGUGCGUACGAGUAUUUUUCUCAUGUCAGAUUCUGCUGGACUACUGGAAUUUCCAACCUAAUUUCACCCCCAGCGCCUGAUCUCAGAAGCCUUGGAAGGAGGAGCAGCAGCAGGAGGAGCAGCAAACCGUUUUCUUGCAACACCUUAAAUGACACACAAUCACCCUGUGUUGUUCCACUAUUCGUUGACUCUACGUUCCAGUAACUUUGGGUUAACCCGCAAGAGGAGCCUAUAGGGAUGAUCUGGUCAAUCCUUUUAUUACCCAGAAUAAUUAUGCAAAGUGUUACCUUUUUUAUGAUUUCUUAUGAGCUUUUUACACUGAACUACAAAGAGUCUUUGUAGACGUGGUGAAGGCAGUUUCAAAUGUGAAAAGGACGCCUGAUGUGCCCAUUCGAUCGAAUCUUUUAUGAGAGAUAACUUGGACAUACUUUUCUGAAUCCUUUCAUUGUGCAAACUGAUCGCCACACAGUAGACCUUCCCCCAACUGUGAAAAAGCACUAAGAAACGACAUUCUGUCCGCAGGCAUUGCUUAGUCGUACACAAAGCUAGCCAAAAUCUGCUAUCAGCUUUGCCAACUACUUUUUUUUUUUUUUUUUUACAAAAAGGUGGGCAUUCUUGCUCAUGAAGCGGUGAUGGUGCAUUACCUGUGUGGAUAUGAUACAACUCGUGCAAGCCGUUUUGUUAUUGCCACAACUUACCUACUUUAUACCCAUUCAGCCGUGUGGAAUCCACGGCUGUUGUGGGCAGAUGUGAAUUGUAAUGUUUAUUUUUCCUACAUAGGGAAUCAGGUAUGGUACGUCUUAACUGGAGCAAACUUUAUGCACGUCACCUGUCUUCUGUGGGUUGGACUGUCCCUCCUGUGUGUAACCACUACCCCAGCUCUGGAUGUUACAGUUCUAAUGCCUCACCGUAACGCUUUGUUGGUGUGUGUCGAGGAAAGAGAAGUCGUAGGAGAACGGAUAGCCAGGCAUUAUACUCUAUUCCUUUGUCAAAAUGGAGUCUUAAAUCAGGCAAUACUUGCCCAUCUCGUCGGGAUGUGUGUUUAUUUUGAGAAGUCUCGAGGGGGUGUUAAUGGUGCGAGAUUCAUGGAGAUGGCUUCACGGGACAUAUUUUAACUUUUGGCAACACCUUUUGAUUUAUGAAACCUCCACUGAUGUCAGUGUCGAAAAGUAGAGGAGACAUUUUUUUAUAUUCUUAUGUUAGCCUCUUUUUUUCUUGUAGCCUAUGUAUCAAACAAGUAUUGAAGUAUCCCUAUUUGAGAAUACAUAUUUUGUUAAAUUGUACAUAGUGAAAUAUGUAUUUUUGCACAGGCAUUUUUCGUACAUGCUGAAUUUUUGGUACAAUUUACAAAAGGAAUUAUUUAUUUAGUAAAAAGAAGAGAUGGAAAAAGUCAAAGAACUUGUUUAAUUGAAGUGGUUCACUGCCAAGUCUAUAUAAUGCAAUACGCCUAUAUGUAGAAGCCGAAGCAUCUCAUGACUCGUGUACUGAGGUGUUUUAAGGAACAAAGGGGAAGUGUUGCCACUGUAGCAUGUGUCUGUACGACGGAGGAUACCUUUAUUCACGUUCAAGGUCUCAAUCACACGUGCUUUUACAAGACAUUUUACGUUGCCUACGAAUCAACAGAACAAAAAAGUUACUUUAUGACCCAAUUAGCCUGUGAUUUUGAAACGUCCCGCAGACUUGAAGCUGUGCCCGUUGUCUCACCGGUUUCCAUGGACUCUUCAGUCACACACUUUGUAGACCUUAAACACAUUUCACGACUAAAACACCUACGUUCUUUUAUAAAGGCUGAAGGGACUUAAGCAAUCAUCGCAAGGAGGAGGAACACUUCAAACAAUCCGACUGCUUGCUUCAUCGUUGCCAAACAAGUAAUUUGAAUCACAGCUUUUAAAAGAAAUAUCAAAUUAAGAAAGUGCCUGAAUUUGUUUCACCCUGACUGUUCGAGGACAGUAUUCUUUGCAUUGUUUUACCUUACUUGAAUGUUCGAAGUGUUAAGGACUUUGCUUUUAAAUCUGCCUCUGAGGCCUAAUUAUGGUAAAACCUGAGCUUGUCAGCUGCCCAGUAUGAAACACUUUUUAGUGUUGUGUUUUUGGGAGGGGGGUUAUCCAAGUUUUCCAGACAAGACGUCAUGAUUUUGUUAGCCCCAGUAUGGGUUAAGCCCCCUCUAGAUUUACUGGGAUUUUUACGUAAAAAACCUUCAAUCAAGUGUUUUGGUUUUUUUUUAUCCUCAAACUCCACUGACAUCUCAGUGUUUCCAGCAGAUGGGGACAUCGUGAGGAUGUGUUUUUUAUUAGCACCAUAGACUUGGAAUGUGAAAGUGAGAAUACAGCUCGUGUUUGGGAGGAAGAAAUAAUCCACCAUUCAUACUUUGUAAAAGCGUGUAUAGAUUUCUUUUUGUAUACAUUAUCAAAUCAUUUUCAGCUGGACUUAUGUAUUGGCUGCUAUGUAAUUCAUGAACAAAACAUAGGUUAGAAUUAAUAUUUAAAGAAAAAAAGAUUGUAUAGUAUAUUUGUUUUGUAACAAGUUUCUGUAAAUAAAAUAAUUUAUACUGCUAUUUAUAUGAAA